AUGGAAAACACCAGUUCAGGUGACUCUUCUGCAUCUCGUCUCAGCGCAGUUUCCAUGAAGCUUCCCCCAUACUGGCCCGCUGACCCUGCUCUGUGGUUUGCCCACAUUGAGUCACAAUUUGCAACCCGUGGAAUCGUCAGCCAGCUCACCAAAUUCCAUUACGUCGUGUCAGCUUUGUCCCCCAAUGAGGCCGCAGAAGUUCGCGACAUUAUUAUGACCCCUCCCACGUCAGGCCCGUACGACAGACUCAAAGAGGAGCUUAUCCGCAGGACAACAGCCUCUGAACAACGACGCCUUCAGCAACUGAUUACUUCGGGAGAAUUAGGCGAUCGAAAACCGUCGCAGCUCCUCAGGCGCAUGCAACAACUUCUGGGCGAUAGCGCGCCAUCUCUCGAUGCUUCCAUCGUGCGCGAGCUUUUCUUGCAACGACUCCCAUCCAACGUUCGAUUGAUACUGACCAUUACUGACUGA